UUAACUAAUGUAAAGUGUAAACGGUAUAGGCUUAGGUUACCGUCAUUCCUGGACUGGCAAUCUGCAUGACAGGCUCGAACCUGCACCCAUCAUCCCACUUUUCCCUCCUGUCCCAACCCAUCCUGCUCGGGGCCGGUCCAAAGUCCUCCCGCCAUCGCGGCCUUAGUUCCCUGUGCUGUCGACCAGCUGGCCUCAAACGCUCUGCAGCUAUGGCCCGGCGCACACCAGUCGCUGCUGACACGGCGCAACGUGCCGGCGUCGCGCCGCCUGAGUCAGACCGCAGCACAGGCGCCAGACCGCACCACAGGCACCCAACGCGGCGGGUUGCGCCCACGCAGCAGCCUGGCUUGCCCGUGCUGCAGCGGCGGCUUCGCUUAGGCGUGGCGCCGCUGCUGCUGCUGCCGGUGCUGCUGCCGCUGCUGCUGCGGGGGCUGGGUCGCUCGCAAGGCCUGCAGCCGGCCUUCGAAGUCACACAGGUAUCGUCGCCAGGCCCGCCGCCCUUGCCGCCUGCGACCGCUGAAGUCACAACGACGCACUCAGCGACGCCAGCCAAGACCGCCUCAUCAGGUGCAGCAGGUGCCAGGGCAGCCGUCACCGGCGGGUCAGGUGGUGAGGGUCUAAGUGGCGGUGGUGGCGCAGGGGGCCGCAGCAACAGUGUGGGACCCAGCGCACUACCUAUUGGUGGCAUGGCGAGUGAUAAGGCAAGCAGCAACAGCAGCAGCCUCGCCCGCAGCCCGGUGCCUGUGCCGCUGGGCAGUAUCCCCUGCCUGCGCACGCGGCCGCCGCCGGAGCUGCAGUGGCCGGUGAUGCACAUGCGGUGCGCGGCCGAUGGCGUGGUGCAGGUGACCGAUGAGCUGGACGAGUACGGCGCGUUGCACCGCACCCUGCUGCACCGGCCCUUGAGGGGGGUCAACAGCAGUCACCUGGCGUGGUGGUUUGGCACCGCGCUGCCGUCCACACUGUAUUUCCGGGGCCGGGCCUGGGACGCCUACAAGCUGUGGCACCCAGUCGACCACAUUUUCUUUGAGCGGACCACGCUGCCCGACCCUCGGCCGCCCCAAUCGCCUGCCGAGGCACCCAGCAGGACCGGCCCCGUCGAGGGCCCCGGUAGCGGCUCGCUGCCGGCAAUCCACAUCGUGGAGCGCUUCCGCACGCCCGCUUACAACGCCACCAUCGUAGACAGCAGCCGCGGCACCGCCAUUGGCAACGGUGGAAACAGCACCAGCACCAGUACCAGCACCACCACGAGCACUAGCACCAGCACCAGUACCAGCACCAUCACGAGUACCGGUAGCGAUAAUAGCCAGGGCGCGCCACUGCCGCCCGAGUACCCCCUGGACAUGACGCUGGUGCUCAAUGACACGCAGAGCAACAUGCAUCGGCUGCUCUUCUACAUGGGCCCGACGGUGAUGCAGGAACUGUCACACACGUGGGAGGACUCACCAGAGGGCCUGCUCAUCACCUCCAGGUUUAUCCUCGGCGGCCGCAACCCCUCUGCCGCCGUCUUCAACGGGGCCGCUCGCGCCGCCGCCUUCCCGCCGCCGCGGCUGCAGGCGUGGCUGGCGCAUUGCGUGGAGGAGUUUGGCAACUUUCCGUAUUUCCUGCCAGCUGUGUACGACACACAGGCGGCCAUGGUGACGCUGAAGGCGGGGUAGGGAGGCGCUGGAGCGUUCUCAGCGUCUGCGCGCAGUCCGCAAGCCAUUGGAAUAUUGGAAAGUUCUGCAAAUUGUGUGCGCCGUGCGCCUGCGUCGGACAGAAGAACCAACAGCUGGCAAAAACGCACGCGUAAGGGUGGGGGUCCGUCGCUAGCUGUGUAAAUAGGGCGACCUUGGCCAUGGGGAUGUCCUGAUGCCAUCGAAUGUUUGGGGAGGCUCCGCCCUCGCUGUGGUGGGGCGCAGGGGAAAUGCAGGACAAGGUGGUGGGCUGGUGGCAAGGUAUGUAGGCGAGGCCUGGCUAGGCAGGAGGUUGAGAUAGGUUUAGCCCUGGCGGAUGUUGGGGUGACGUACAAGGUGACGUAGCCGCAUUUGAUCGCCUGGGUCCGACUCUGUGGCUCACGCGUGCCAGGGGCGGAAUAAGGGAAGCUCUGGCCAGAACACUUGUGCCUGCCCUUGCCGGUACGCGUGCCAUCAACCCAUCGACCA